AUGAGCAAAUGUUUUCGCAUCGGCACGGCAGACAUGAGCAAACGCACCCGCCGCAGUUGGGGCAAGGGUGUGGCCCUCCAAACAUUAUGAUACACCCAUCUGUUGCUGCAGCUGAGCUGUCCACACAAAUCACCACUAGCGAUUUUACAUUCCCAUGCCGUUCCAGGAGCCAUUUGUCAUUGUAUGUGGCUCCUCGCUCUCUCUGUCUCGGCCCCUCUCUCUCGUGUCUCGGCCCCUCUCUCUCGUGUCUCGGCCCCUCUCUCUCGUGUCUCGGCCGCGCUCUCUCGUGUCUCGGCCGCGCUCUCUCGUGUCUCGGCCGCGCUCUCUCGUGUCUCGGCCGCGCUCUCUCGUGUCUCGGCCGCGCUCUCUCGUGUCUCGGCCGCCCUCUCUCGUGUCUCGGCCGCCUUCUCUCACUCUCGGUUUCUGUCAGACUGUGUGAGAGCGUGAGUUUGAUUCCUGAUGGUAACCUCAUCCGUAGGGCUGUCAGGUAGGCAGAGGGACGACACCUCUCUUUGCUCCCUCCCCUCUGAUAGCUUUUACCGCUACACUGAUUUCACAAAUAGGCCUUAUUGAUUGAAUCUGAUUCCUGUGGAUAGAGCAGGUUUAUUGAGUGGCUUUUGCUGAUAGACUGUGUGUGUGACGGUAAAGGGGGAAACUUUCACUCCUGUCCUCAGCGCUUGUAAUCCAGGUCACAUUUUUCCCAGGAAUGGGUAGCCCAUUCCCUCUCCGAUAUUUCACACACACUCUGCAUCCUCCUGACAGCUGCCCUGAAUGUUUGAGGAGACCUUGGAGUGUGUGAGGAGUGCCCACUCAGUGUAUUGUGAUGGCACUAUGGUCACAAGGACAUCAAAGAAACAUCUAGUCCCUUCAGCCUGGCACAUAAAAUGUUCAUUCAGGAACCUUUGAGUCCUUUCAUAGUUGACCCACUGCUAGAUAUUAGCAGACAGUAGACACCCACUUUCUGUAGCUUUAGUGUGACCAAGUUCCAGCUCUCAAAUCACUCCAUACAACCAGCGUUAUAGUAAUAAGUCAUAUUUAUAAUAAUAGCCUUGUUAUGUUGACUAAUGCAGUGGAGUAAAUGUAUCUGCUUCCAUGUGGCCAUUAGGACAUUUUUAGUAACAGCCUGCUGUAGUAUGAAGAAAGAGCUGUGCCAGCAGAAUUCCUGAGGGGGUGUGCCUGCCCAGAGUUCACAUUCAGUUUGCCUCCACUCUCCGUCACUCUCUCACACACACACACACAAUAGGCUUACUUUCUGUUUUCCUGUCUGCCACACGCACACACCUCCCUAGCAGGAUCUGUAUACCCUCGCCUCUGCUGCCCUCUAUUUUCCUUUGCACCCCUCAGAACAGCGCCUCCCGCUCCAAUGCUAUGCAGAGCCGGAGAGAUGAGGAUGGUGACACCCAUGUCCCGGCAGCCUCUUUAACCCUCCCAACCUUCAGAUCAAUCAUCCUUCGGCCCUUUCCCGUCCCUGUCUGCCUGCGACUCUCACCCCCCCCCCCCCUCCAAACAACACACGCCUAGAAAAACCAGCCAGGCCUCUCCUCCCCCUGAAAGGGAAAACGACUUUCUAACUCAUUAUUCGGCCUGCAUUUAAAAAGGUUAACUGCGUCAGCGAGCAUUCAGGUGUGCUGCGAGAGAAACCACCCAAUGGUUAUUCAAUCUCACGCUCCAACAUCUGGCCGCUCUCCAGUUUGCACAUUAAACAGAACAUUGUAGCAGUGUUCUAAAUGCAUUACGGGCAACACACAGUAGGCCUUUGUUUGGGACAGAGGGUAGAGCAAAGACUUAGUGACCUUGCAGACGCCUGAGGCGAUGACUGUUGUGGGUCUCUGUCAACACUGACUCAGUUCUCUAACCACGGAGUCAGGGUCAGAUUCUACUACGCCAGGCUAGUCUGGCUCCAUGUAAAGGCUUUUGUGAAAGCUAUUUUUCUCUGAGACAGAAUCGGAGAAAAGAGCCCAUCUUGAUUCAUGCCACGUUUAUGUCACCGAAAACCACGUGCAAUAACUUCACGUGACUACUUCUGAGUUUUAUUUUUUGAUUUUUUGGGGGAGGGGGGGGCUCAUUAGUUUUGUCUAACAUCACCAUUGGCUCAGAUCCAAACAGACUGACACAGUCUGGGGCCAAAAAAACUAGCAGAGAAAGAAAACAAGCUGUCUCGUUCCUGGGACUCAUUUACGAAAAUUCUUCCAGACUCUGGAGAAGCUGUGUGGAAGGUCAGUGGGGUCACAAUAUGAUUUAAUGUGCGAUGAUAAAAAAGGAAGGGAGGCAGACAACGGAGAAUCUUAACAGAAUGGGUAGCUAAAGAUGUUCACUCUACCGCAACCACCUCUGAUUGGCAAGUGUUUGGGCAACUAAAAAUGGCCUGACUGGGCUCUGUGUGGAUAAUUUUAACAGCUAAUUAGCAGUGAUUUGAGGCUCUUUCCAGGUUGAAGGGUUAGCGGUAGCCAUCCUGUGAACAUGUCUAAUUAGGCCAGCAGGCCUGGUGUAGAAAAUGUGAAGUAGCCUCUCACUCACCACCUCUGAGGCUGCUGAGGUUGUUGAAAUGGCCACUGAAUGGGCUAGGAUCGAUGUGGGUCAUGUGCCUUUUCUAUGCUUUCAGUGGCCCAGAAUGUUCUUGGGUAGUGCUAGCGCUAGCUGCUCCCUCUUACUCUUGUCUCCCUCUUAUGUUUCUGAAAUAUACAGUACAGAGGCGUGGGAAUGAUGUAGGCCUAUUCACCAAUUGAUAUUACUCAUACACAGUACUUGUCAAAACAUUAUUUUUUUUAUGUAUAGACCUGUUCCGAACGGAACCGAGGAUAACUAGACCCGUUCCGUAUAGACCUGGUUGGGUCCAGACCCGGUCCGAUCCGAGUGAGGGAAGCAGCAGAAAAGUCCAUUUUUAAGCUACUUUAUUAACCAGAGCUGAUAAAGCUUGAGGGAGGGGAGGUAGAGCGAAAUGACGCUCUAGCAGGGGCCGUGCUGUGUGUGUGUGUGUGUGUGUGUGUGUGUGUGUGUGUGUGUGUGUGUGUGUGUGUGUAGGCUACUGAGUGUGUGAGCAAGUGACCCGGUGAGCAGGGCGGUGGGAGAGACGAGACCGCAACCAACCAAGCCGACUCAUGCUAUAGUAGACUAAUAGCUGCAAUAGCUAGGUUAUUUAUCAUCCAAUAUGAUUACAUAGUACCUGUGUUGACUGCAUCAAACCGGGAGACGCUAGUAAAGCUAGCUAGGCUAAGCAACAUAAAUGAUACAACUUCUCUCUCUACUGCAGCAGUCACGUUCGGAUCUGAACGGUUCCUUCCGGACAAGUCCGUUAAUUACACAUACCCGUGACAAUCAUAUCAGAUCAGACCCGUGACAUUUAGAAUUCUGAAUCCGGACCAGCUUCGGUCCCAGAUCGGGUCUCGCGUAUUCGGGUACAGGUGCAUCCGUGAAGACCUCUACUGUGAAGCACUUGUCUGUCUGAAGCGUAGAGUAGAUGUGAGGUCUAGGGGGGCCUUGUCUGUGUCUGUCUGCAGCCUUAUCUAUCUUGUCUGUCUGCUGAAAUCACACCGGUCCUACUUUAUUACGAUCUACUACCUGGAAAAUUGCUGCGUUGUCAUGGUUAUGGAGUGUUUAGUCAUUUCGGGGGGAAAUGGCAGGCUCGGGAAGAGGGGGCGCUAACUUAAUUGCUCUAGAUGAAUAAUUUCACUUGCCUAAUUUGGGUGAUAAUGACAGAGGCAGCGCUUAUGUAUUUAUUUAUCCAAACAUUAAUUGACAGGACUGACAUUAACUGGGCCAUUAUUGUGCAUUUGAGUGCGCACAAGGGAACACAAAAAAUACAGUAAUUAUCUUGCUGAUAGGGUGGUGGUUUAUGCAUGAGUUUUCCCUGCCUUAUGUCUCUGUCAGCGAUUUAGCAAAAAGUGAGAUGCAGCAACAUGACAGUGGUGUAGUUCAUCUCAGUGCCUUCCACCCCCAUGCAACUUGUGCUUAUGGAGAACUAACUGGGGUGUAUUCACUAGGAAGCAAACGAAACUGGGAGGGACCUGCCUGAGUUUGUCCAAUAGAAACUCUCGUUUUCAUUGCAAAGGGUUUUCCGUUUACAAACGGUUUGCUACGGUGUGCACUAAUGAUUACACCCCUGGAUUUUGUGACCAAAUAGUUUUUCUGUCCCCAUGUACCCUCUUGCAAUAGUGACACAGCACAGUGAAAUGACUUGACAGAAAUGCCUUGAAAUUGUCAAUUGAAAUGACUCGUUGAUUGUUGUUCCAGGCGGAAGGAGAGGAUAAUCUGAAGAAGAUGCAGCUAAUGGAGCUGGCCAUUCUCAAUGGGACAUACCGUGACACCAACAUCAAGACACGUAAGCUUUACAACCACGCGCACACACGCCAAGGUCCUGUUUCGAUCCACAUUGACUAACGUGACACUCAAGUGUAUCAUUUAUCAUCUUAAUCCAUCUGUUAAUAUAUUGACGGGUAAUAAUCUCACAAUGACCACAGUGAAGAAGUUGACAUGCUCAUGAUAUACUGUGUGCCUUUACUAGGUUCAUGAAUGUAGUCAUUGCAGUAUCAUGUCUUGACCAGUUUCUUUUAUAGACUGCACUUUGCUCUGAAGUGUUGUCCAACAUGUCCAACUAGUGUCUACCUACCUCCAAAAACCACCUGUAUCCAAGUAGAGCAGUUUCCCCUCCAUCACUCCCUCUCGCUGCUCCCACUUCUAAGUGCCCCUUUCCUUCCCUCCCAUAUGGAUGCAAUCACAAUUUGUUGCAAUCUCGGGGUGGUUUCUAUAUGCCUUCAGCACACCGCAGAAAUCACUCGCUCAUCUCUGCAUGAUGUAGUUCACGCAUCUGUUACAAACAGUUUUGUUUUCCAAUCACCAGUAUUACUUUCUUUAGAGUUCAUCCCACCCACUCCUGCAGUUCUGCACUUUCAUGCCUGUGAUUUAAAUAAAUGCAUUGCAUAUAAGAAAUUGUGUGGCUGCUUUCAAUUUGUUACCAUUUACUGUUUACAUUAUUAUUAUUAUUAUUAUUAUUAUUAUUAUUAUUAUCAUUUCUUACUGAAUGAUAUUAGUAAUGACGAUCAAUGGAUUUGUUUUGCACAUUUGGUCAUUCCAAAAAGUCAUGGCUUGAAGUAUUGAAAUAAAUAAAAAUUCACAUUUAGAAAAUGUGAAAUUAUUUGACUUGACAUUGGUUUGUAACACCAAUGUCUGGAUCAGUGUCUGGUUAUCUCGGCUGUGUUGCCAGACUAGCGAUACUAAGUGUGAAUUAGCCUAGACGGCCACCGAGCCAUGGCCCAAAGAGCUACAUGUAAAACAUUGAUUCAGUCGCCCCCGCCAUCAGUGAUGUUCACUGUUGUGUGGUACGACGUCAGAACAUUUGCAAAUGCAAAGCCAUUUGGAAAAGCUUUUAUUGAUUUUUAUUUUGUCAGCCAACCAAAAUGGUCUCACGGUCAUGUAGAGGAGUGGAGUGAAUCAGAACUGUACUUAGUCAUGGCCAAUUUCAAUUAGUCCGUCCAACACAAGGCCUCAUAGGCCCAUAGUCGUCCAAUAGACUGGAUUGUCUUUUCUGGGGAUUGACGUAAUCCUAUUGGUCCUUCUCAGAAACUGGCACUCCAUCUAGUCUCCUCUCCGUGGCUAGUGGCUCCAUUUCUGUUGGCUUGUGUAUUUUUGUUCGCUUGUGUCGUCCGCAGUACAUUAACUUUUGUUAUGCUUAAUAUGGUCUGUGCAUUGGGGUAAUGGAAUCAUUUUUAGCUACUCUUUUUAUUUUUUUAUUUUUUUAGUAUGGGUUUCUUUUCUUUUCUUGUUUGUUUACUUAAUUUUUGGUUUGCUGGUUCACCUUGAUCAUUGCAUGGACUAAUUUUCCUUUUUUUCGCCCCUCCCCUCCUUUUCCCCCACCCUUACCCACUUUUCCUGCUUUUCGUAUUUUCCUACUCUCGCUUCUCUUCACCUGUGAUUUUGGUCACCCACACCACAUCUUUACCCCAUUGUCUUGUACCUCUGUCUCUCCAUCUUUCUGUCUUUCACUCUUUUUGCUUAUGGCAGACCCCCUUGCGUUCUCUCUUGCAGCGGCGGCAGCCGCCGCUCAGGGCCCCCGCCUAAUACAGGCCCCCCAGGGGCAUAUGAUGGCCCCCCAUCAGCAAAUGAGGCCCCCCACACCAGGAGGCACCCCCAUCAUGAACAUCAUCCGACAACCCCAAAUGCAGGGCAUGUUGCACAACGGCACCCCAACCUUGGUGCCUCCCUCGCCGGAAGGCGGCAUCAUCUACGCAUCCCCGUACGACUACCCGUACGCCCUGGCGCCCACCUCCCUGCUGGAGUACCCCAUCGACCACAGUGGGGUUCUAGGUAAGCGACCCUGGGGCCUGGGCGGCGGCCCCUUUAGCCCUGGACAGGAGGGCAGCUUGUUUUACCCGGGGUUUUUGGACGCGGCUUCGAUGAGCCACAGUCAGGACUUAAAAGGUAAAUAUGUCGUAUCCAGCUGAAAAAAAGCAGGGUUGUUAUUGGUGUGACCUUAUGACCUAACAGCUGUGCAGGACUAAUGGGCUAAUAAAGGGCAAGGGGGACAGGGAUUUUUUUUCAGGUAGACAUUUUUCAUUUUUGCUCAUCUCCCCACCAAAUCCUUUUCCUGGCUCAAGUUUUGUUUUCGCUCUGUUCUGCAGUUGCCAUUAUACUCCCAUGCAAUAUAAGAGCAGUUGCCUUGUCUGAGAAGACGCACAGAUGUACAUACACACACUCUGACAAGGACAUGCGCAAUUGCACACACCCGCGUUCUAGCCCUUUUAUGCACUCGCAAGAGGCAGAUUCAGUCUGGCGGAAAUAAUUCAAUUUUUCCCCAGCUAGCACUGCAACUCUGGCCUUGAUGCCAGUAGAAAGUCCCCUUUGUCCCAGUGGGGAUUUUCAUUAAAUUUACUGUUCUCAUUUUUCCCAUUGUUUCAGUUUUCACCUUGAACUUCAACUUAGUACAAGCCACAGACAUUCCCUCUUCAUUACGUCAGCAGUGGGAAUUACAUUCUGUUGGUGCGGGUGUGUAUGCACACCCAACAUGUACACUCAAAGCAAUAUGCUGCCAAAUAAAUAUUUAAACAAAAUAGAUGAUAAUGACUAACAUUUGUAACCAACCGCCUCGAUUCGGUCUUAUGUAGCAACAUUUGAAAUUUAGUUUAUGUUAGAUAAAAGUAGACUCAUAGCUAGAAAAUGAUAGUUGAAGAACAAUGGGAAAAUAAUUCUGCUUUGAAAGUUGAUAAACUUGUAACCCCACUUUUGAAAAAAUGGCCCUUGAAUGUUUUGGUACCUACUGGAGAGCUCUUCUUUGUCUACAUCCAUUCAGCAUCGUUCACACCCUCUUAAGCCUUAGCCCCACCCAUCUCUUUAAGGAUUCACAUGUGAGGCAUUUGCAAAACAGAGUGAUUUAGUUUAGUAAACAACCAAAGAUUUCAAGACUAAAAGUGGCGAAAGUAGUAGCUUACAAUGAGGAAAAACUGUCUAGUCCUUGGCCUAUAUCCUAAUCUGACUUUGGUGCAGGUCAUGUUGUUCUUCACAUUACCGUCUCUGGUAAACACACUAUAUCAAAUCAAAUAAAAAGUUGAUUUGUCACAUGCACAGGAUACAGAAGGUGUAAACAUUACUGGGAAAUGGUUACUAGUAGCAUAGUAGCGAUAUCAAAAAGUGUCCAGAUAAAAAUGUUUUAUAAGUAUUAGAUGACGCUUACCUGACACACUUGUCUAAAUUGAUGGGUUAUGUGAAGGAAAUGCUAUAACCAACCCCCAGCCACAUCUAGCUAAGGGGGGGUUCUAAGCUGACAUAUGGAAUUGUUUUAAGAUGGUCAUACUAUGGAUAAUUUAGCUAUUUGAUUUUGAAUUUUAGAACUUAAGGUAAUUAUUUGAUAAAAUACUUUACUACUAAAGCCCAUAGAAACGCAUUGAAUAACACAUUAAUAAACGGUAAAAAGGACAGUCAAAAAAAUUAAUCAUAAGAAACAAGGUUUUGAAGUCCGUCCUAAAUCUAGGAGAUAAAGAAAACUCACAAAUAUAUAUACACACACAGUUGAAGUCGGAAGUUUACAUACACUUAAGUUGGAGUUAUUAACUAGUUUUUCAACCACUCCAAGUUUUUUGUUAACAAACUAUAGUUUUGGCAAGUCGGUUAGGACAUCUACUUUGUGCAUGACACAUGUCAUUUUUCCAACAAUUGUUUACAGACAGAUUAUUUCACUAUCACAAUUCCAGUGGGUCAUAAGUUUACAUACACUAAGUUUACUGUGCCUUUUUAAACAGCUUGGAAAAUUCCAGGAAAAAUGUCAUGGCUUUAGAAGCUUCUGAUAGGCUAAUUGACAUAAUUUGAGUCAAUUGGAGGUGUACCUGUGGAUGUAUUUCAAGGCCUACCUUCAAACUCAGUGCCUCUUUGCUCGACAUCAUGAGAAAAUCAAAAGAAAUCAGCCAAGACCUUAGAAAAAUAUUUGUAGACCUCCACAAGUCUGGUUCAUCCUUGGGAUCAAUUUCCAAACGCCUGAAGGUACCACGUUCAUCUGUACAAACAAUAGUACGCAAGUAUAAACGCCAUGGGACCACGCAGCCGUCAUGCCUCUCAGGAAGGAGACGCGUUCUGUCUCCUAGAGAUGAACGUGCUUUGGUGCAAAAAGUGCAAAUCAGUCCCAGAACAACAGCAAAGGACCUUGUGAAGAUGCUGGAGGAAACAGGUACAAAAGUCUCUAUAUAUAUAUAUAUAUAUACAUACAGUAAAACGAGUCCUAUAUCGACAUAACCUGAAAGGCCGCUCAGCCAGGAAGAAGCCACUGCUCCAAAACCGCCAUAAAAGAGCCAGACUACGGUUUGCAACUGCACAUGGGGACAAAGAUCGUACUUUUUGGAGAAAUGUCCUCUGGUCUGAUGAAACAAAAAUAUAAUUAUUUGGCCAUAAUGACCAUCGUUAUGUUUGGAGGAAAAAGGGGGAUGCUUGCAAGCCGAAGAACACCAUCCCAACAGUGAAGCACGGGGGUGGCAGCAUCAUGCUGUGGGGGGUGCUUUGCUGCAGGAGGGACUGGUGCACUUCACAAAAUAGAUGGCAUCAUGAGGAAGGAAAAUUAUGUGGAUAUAUUGAAGCAACAUCUCAAGACAUCAGUCAGGAAGUUAAAGCAAAUGGGUCUUCCAAAUGGACAAUGACCCCAAGCAUACUUCCAAAGUUGUGGCAAAAUGACUUAAGGACAACAAUGUCAAGGUAUUGGAGUGGCCAUCACAAAGCCCUGACCUCAGUCCUAUAGAAAAUGUGUGGGCAGAACUGAAAAGGCAUGUGCGAGCAAGGAGGCCUACAAACCUGACUCAGUUACACCAGCUCUGUAAGGAGGAAUGGGCCACAAUUCACCCAACUUAUUGUGGAAGGCUACCCGAAGCGUUUGACCCAAGUUAAACAAUUUAAAGGCAAUGCUACCAAAUACUAAUUGAGUGUAUAUGAACUUCAGACCCACUGGGAAUGUGUUGAAAGAAAUAAAAGCUGAAAUAAAUAAUUAUCUCUACUAUUAUUCUGACAUUUCACAUUCUUAAAAUAAAGUGGUGAUCCUAACUGACCUAAGACAGGGAAUUUUUACUAUGAUUAAAUGUCAGGAAUUGUGAAAAACUGAGUUUAAAUGUAUUUGGCUAAGGUGUAUGAAACUUCUGACUUCAACUGUAUAUAUCACAAAACUACCUUCAUACUUCCAUUUGUUUUUUUAAAAUCGGUACUGGUUACCUUCAGACGAGUCCCGUGACACUUCUGGAGGGUGUAAAGCAAAAUGGAGAAUCUCCCCUUUCCAUAGCGGUCAUAAUAGCUGCAGGCGUUUGUGAGAAGAACGAUUUUGGGGCUGUCUCAUAGUCUGACAAACACCGCUCUAGCUCUGCCACCUUUCACUGGCAGAUGAGGUGGAUUGAGACUAAUCCAAUGCAAAUAAACAACAACAUGUCUUUAGCUUAAACCGAUGGAUUAGGAUGGAUUUUUUUGUAUGUAAUUUAAAUUUGACUCUAGGGGGUAAAUGAGGUGUUGAUCCUGACAUCACGAGACUGCCAUGUUAGCUGACCCGUGUCGGUGCAUGUGUGAGGGAUGCCUCUGGGAGCAGUUGUGCAGUACAGAGCCUACUGGCUUUUCUCUCUUUAACUCUGAGGGCACAGCAGCUUAGUGCGUUUUAUUUACUUGCCGUAUUGAUCGGUGCCUUCAGCAAAGGAGACCCACUGGAACACACCACCAAUUGGCUCUACUAGCGCUGCUUAGGCCUUAGCAUUAGCGUUAGCUCGGAGGAAACCUCAGGAGAUCUGGUGCUACAGAUUGGAAUGUGGGUGGGCCUGCGUAGUCAUCAACCAUCCCUGUGAACCAUUGCACAGUUUUCCUACCUGCCCAGCCAGGGCUGUUUCAAAUGUGAUGUAACCAUCACUCGUCCAUUCCAGCAUAGAAACCUCCCCAAGCCUUCUGAUCCUAGAGAUAACAUUCUUGAGUUGAGUCUCCUUUAAAGUGCUCACUUGAUAACUGCAGCUAAGAGCGUUUAGUAGUGUGCAAUUUGACUGGAUGCCCAGAUUGUUGUCACGGUGACCCAUUCUGUGGGGACUGCCACUAUUUAGCCAAUGAAGGCUUCUGACACAAAUCUCUUUUAACGCUCUCUGGGUAAUGAAGAGCAGAGAAAUAUGGGCACCCCAGCAUCAUUCUGUAGUUUCUCUCUGGCCCCGAAAUCUGGGAGGCCAUCCUUCCCCGGCUCAAACUAAAUCAGAAAUAUUGACUUAGUCGGAUAAAAGCCCAAGAGAUAUGACCUCUGUGUUCUGAAAUGGUGUCUUGCUGACUGCACUGCGCUCUAGCUUUUAGACUAAUUUAAGGAUUUACCUUUCACACUUUUUAAUCUAGGAUUUCUUUUUUUGUCGUAGACUCAUUUUUUAUCUCUAUGCACGGUCACAGUUCCUAUGCAACCAUACUUGCAACAACCUUACUGAGACAUAGUAUUUUACUCUAUUUCCUUGUGUGUCAAGACCAACCACACACUAGGAUAAUUGAAAUGUCUGUCUUCAUUUGUGACAAAUAUUCAGAGUGGAAUGACUGCCACUGCCAGUGAGUAGAUUGACUGAGGUGUAGAGACGUGAGAGAGCCAGGUGGUGUCUAGCACUAUCCAGUUAGGAUCUGAGCUGCUUUGGAUUUUCACACUUUAUAAAAUCACUCAUUUUUCUCAAUCCCCCUUCUGGAACAUGUUUUUCUUCUAGACAGCCUUAGUCCCCUGUCCCCCUGCCUGCCAGUUUCAAAGAAUCCUCUAACACUGAGUACUGUGGAAUUGUAUUACCUAAGUUAUACAUUUUAUAGAUAUCAAGUUAAAGCAAAUGUGUAUUUUUUUCUAUGCAUUUUCUAUACAUAAAUGUCUAUGUAUAUUAUAUAUCAUGUAUAAGCAGUAUGUGUGUAAAUGUGUAUUACUGUAAGACUUGUUUUCCCCUCCUAAAGUGAAUGGUUUCUAACCUUGUGGACCUGUUGCAAUCUAGGUGCAAUGGCUACUAAAGUGAGACGGCAUGACUCGCGGGUCCGUCCUUACCAAAGGAUUGUGACCGCAGACAGA